UUAGCGCCUCUAUCACUGAUUACUUCCCUGUCCGCCGUGUGCCCAAGACUGCCGCAUUCAUGAAGUGGUUGCUGCGUGCCUUCACGCUCGGCACAGCCGUUGGUCUGUACGAGUUUGAGACGAACGAUGUUGGUGUGACGGAGGCUAUCCGCAGGGUGUGGAAGGCAUAAAUUCGGGGUGGUGUUCUUGUUUGAUGUUUGUUUUGUUGAAGGCGUUUUGCCUAUGUAUAUGCUGUCUUCUUUUUCCUCUGGUAGAUGCCAGUACUGAAAUCUUUACUACCCUGGAGCAUAAAAUGAGUGUAUUGUGUAUGUCAUUGAUCUGGUUUGAGAUUAUUCCAUUAAUUUCUUUUUUUUUCUUGACCUGUAACUCUCUCUCUCUAUUGUUAUCUAAACGCCCAGCGCAAGAUUCAACUGUAUGUAUGGCCCUGUCAAAGUAAGGCAAGUAAGUCACGUAGAUAUCUCGAACAUGUGUGUUCCUCUUCCAAU